AUGAAAGAAUUUCAUUUUCCACAAAAACUGGUCAAUUUGGUAUCUAUCAGCGUUAUGGAGAUCUUGAUAAGGGUUCAGAUAGGAAAUUUAGUAACUGAUCCGACAACAGUGAACUUGAAGCUAAAACAAGGUGAUUCGCUAUCGCCGAUUCUGUUCAACGUAGGUUUGGAAAAGGUCAUUAGAGAAAUGAAAAUUAGUCCUAACGAGGGUAUUAGACUACAAGACACGUCGAUAGGCUUACUUGCUUAUGCUGAUGAUAUAGUAUUGAUGGAAGAGUCACAGGAUAAAUUGAAGUAUUUAUUCAGUAAACUGUAUAAAGCAGCAUCAAAAGUAGGACUAUGUGUAAACGAAGGAAAAACGGAGUAUAUGUUUUUAAGUAGACGGAGAAUACCUUUUUGUCAGUCCAUUAAAAUAGAUCAAUAUGAAUUUAAAAGAGUAGAACAAUUCAUAUACCUAAGCUCUAUUUUGUCUGAAAAAAAUAAUGUAGCAAUCGAGGUAGCAGCAAGAAUCCAAGCUGGGAAUAAAUGUUACUAUGGACUGACUAAGUGUAUGGAUCGGAAACAUGGCCACUCAGAAAAAUGGACGAGCAUAGACUCAUGGUCUUUGAAAGAAAAGUGUUGCGGAAAAUAUAUGGCCCGGUCAAAGAUGAAAUAA